AUGGGCAUCCCGACCCUCGACACCUACCCGCAAAUGCAGCAACCCAACCCUACCGCCUACGCAGCUUCGCCCAGACGCUCGCCUGAGCUCAAAGCCGACGCCAUCUCGCCCUACGCCACCGGCACUGGCGCCUACCCUCAAUUCAGCAGCCCCUACCUCACGCCCACCCCCAUGGACGACAAGCGCAGCCAGGCCAGCCGUGGCAGCCAGGAUAGUCGAAGCUCCUUUUCUGGAUUUUCGGCUGACCCCACCUCGUCCGAUGGCGAGAGCAAGGAGAAGUGCCCGGAUCCCACCUGCGGCCGCCGCUUCAAGGACCUCAAGGCACACAUGCUCACGCAUCUGACGGAACGCCCGGAAAAGUGCCCCAUCCAGACUUGCGAGUACAACAUCAAGGGCUUCGCCCGCAAGUACGACAAGAACCGCCACACCCUCACCCACUACAAGGGCACCAUGGUCUGUGGCUUCUGCCCCGGUUCCGGCUCGCCCGCCGAGAAGUCGUUCAACCGUGCCGACGUCUUCAAGCGGCACUUGACCUCGGUGCACGGCGUGGAGCAGAACCCGCCCAACAGCCGCAAGCGGCCUGCCGGCUCCAGCAGUGCCAACCCCCAGAAGCUGUCAACCUACGCGCCCGACGCCACUGGCAAGUGCAGCACGUGCUCCCAGACCUUCUCCAAUGCGCAGGACUUUUACGAGCACUUGGACGACUGUGUGCUGCGCAUUGUGCAGCAAGAAGACCCGGCCGAGGCGGUCAACGCCUCACGUCUCGCCGAGGUUGAGAACGACCGCGAGGUCCAGGCGACGCUGGAAAAGAACCAGGUCUUCUCGACUGCGGCCGCCGACUCGACGCGCGGCGGCGACGAGGACGAGGACGACUUGGACGACGAGGACGCUGCUGGCGACGACGAGAGCCCCAAGGACGGCUCGUUCCGCGGCGUGUCUGGCUCGCCCAAGAAGACCAAGACGGGCCCUGCCAACGGCGUCCAAAAGUCGCGCGGCCUCACGCACUCGCGUGGCGGCGUCCCUUUCACCGGCAAGCCACGGUCCCGCCGUAGCCGGCAGAACUACCCGACGUCCUGGGGCUUCGACAAGGGCCAGAUGACCAUGCGCAAGCGUGUCAUGACCGUGUUCGAGGGCCCUCGCCGCCUGGCCAAGGACGACAUGAUGCUGUCGACCGAGCACGAGGUGCGCCUCAAGCUGUCGGACGGCAAGGCGUACGUGACCGAUCUGGAUGUCCAGACCCUCAAGCGUGCCGAGGGCUUCCUCACGGCCACCGACGAGGAGAAGGGUCCCUGGAUCUCCGACGACCCGACCGCCGAGCAGAUCAAACAGAUGCAGGCCGGCAUCUGA